UGUGUAGAGGAAGAGAGGAUUGCUCUUCUUGAUAUCAAAUCAACAUUUAGUGAUCCAUACUCUAUCCGCACCUGGACCUUGCAGCUCUCACAUCUUGGGAGGGAGAUAGUAACAACAUUUUGAAUAUCUCAAUGUUCCUACCUUUCCAAGAACUGCAAGGCCUUAUUUUAUCGGACAACUUUUUCAACAGUUGCAUCCCUAGUGAUUGUUUUGGGAGUCUAGCAGAAUUGGACAACCUCCAGCACUUGGAUCUCUCGCAUAAUAAUUUUUACUUUAUUAAUGUAUCCAUUGCCACACCAAAGUUGAGCAAGCUUGAAUACUUGGAUUUGUCCUACAACCAAUUAAAUGGAAGCAUUGUUCCAUAUUUGAUUGGGCUAUCUUCGCUCAAGGCUCUUUCUCUGCAUUGGAAUAAUAUCGGACGUGGACUUCCUUUCAAAGUAUCUAGUGCCACACUGAAGUUGAGCAAGCUUAAAUACUUGGAUUUGUCCUACAACCAGUUAAAUGAAAGCAUUGUUCCAUAUUUAGUUGGCCUAUCUUCUCUCAAGGCUCUUUAUUUGGAUGGGAAUAACAUGGGUGGUAGACUUCCUCUUAAAGGAUUGUGCAAGAUAAAGAAUCUUGAAGUGUUAAGCAUUGGUCACAAUAAUUUAAGUGGAGAUAUUUCAUCGUGUCUUGGGUAUCUACCAUCUCUCAAUUAUUUUGAUAUCUCCUACAACCAAUUCCGAAUGCCUUUUCCUAUGACUAUCAUAGGAAACCUUACAAAACUCAAGUAUGCCUUCUUUUCAAACAAUUACUUUAGAGGUGUUAUCUCAAUAGCUAAAUUUGCUAACAAUACUGGGAUUAAGGUGUUAGAUUUUUCUGAUAAUAAUCAGUUAGAGGUCCAACUUGAAUAUGUAGGGUUGAUGGCAUCAUUUCAACUUGAUGGUAUUUUCUUAUCAGGUUGCAUUGUUAAUAAAGGGUCUAGCUCAAUUCCCAUGUUUUUGUCCACUCAGUAUCAAAUAAAAUAUAUUGAUCUUUCUAACAAUAACCUCAAAGGCAAUAUUCCAACAUGGCUUUUUCAAAAUAGAACUAAUCUAAUUUAUCUUAAUUUAAGGAAUAAUUCACUAACUGGAUCACUGAUAUUCCCUUCUCAUCUCAAAACAAAUUUGUUAUGGUUUGAUGUAUCCAACAAUAAACUCAUCGGAGAAAUACCUUUGAGGAUUGGCAAUGUGAUUCCUAGUAUAAAAUAUUUGAAUAUGUCGAAUAAUUACUUGCGAGGUGUCAUCCCUUUCUCAUUUAAAAAUUUGAGUAAACUAUUUUACCUAGACUUAUCAAAUAACAAGUUAUUGUUAGAGAGUGAGAGGAAGAGAGAAAUGCUUUUAUCAGGACCAAUUUCUAAUUCUAUUGAUUAUUUAGAUAAUCUUUUAAUGCUAGACUUAGCUGAGAACAAUUUUCAAGGAAAUAUAUUUAAAAACAAUUCUAGCUUACGUCUUCUAUUUAGUUUUGUUGUCAAUAAGAAUCAAUUAAUUGGAGAAAUCCCACGCAGUAUUUGCAAGAUGGUUAAUCUUCUAAUCAUAGAUAUCAGUGAAAAUCAAUUGUCUGGCACGUUGCCUAGUUGUAUGAACAACCUUCAUACCCUUGGGGCCUUUCAUGUUGGAGGAAAUAGUUUAGAAGGAAGUAUACCAUCUGAAUUUUGUGGUUUUCAAAUGCUUUAUUCCUUGGAUCUCUCUCACAAUAAUUUAUCCGGUUUAUUUCCAUCUUGCUUCAACUUGACUAGCUUGUUGUAUUUGAAUGUAAAGGAUAAUAACCUCACAGGCCCCAUUCCAAGUGCUUUAUCUGGCAACAGUUUGGAAAUACUAGACAUGGGAAACAACCAUUUUGUUGGUGAUAUACCUAAUUGGAUAGGCACCUUCAAAAAUGUAAUGAUAUUCUCUUUGAAAGGAAACCAUUUUAAAGGACCAAUCCCAAAACAAAUAUGCGACUUAAAAAAUCUUCGCAUAUUAGACUUUUCGCAAAACAAUUUAUCAAGAGAUGUUCCUGCAUGCAUUCAUAAUAUGGGCCGUGAUUUGGCAUCUUACGUCACCUUGCGAGAUAUUCAAUCUUCCAACUCUGGGCUGAUUAUUCCCAAUAUUGUGAAUCACAUCUCUGAUAUGCCUUACGAUGAGCAAAUAUUGUCCUUUCCUAUUCAAUAUAUCGAUUUUGCAACAAAAGAGAGAUCAUAUAGUUACAAAGGUGAUAUCAUCAACUACUUAUCUGGGCUAGAUUUGUCUAGCAACAAAUUGGUUGGUUGGAUCCCAAUGGAGAUCGGCAACAUGACAUGGCUUCAAGCAUUAAAUUUGUCCAACAACAUGUUGUAUGGUCCAAUACCUAAUACAUUGUCAAAGCUGACACAGAUUGAAAGUUUAGAUCUCUCACACAACAUGUUGGAAGGGAGCAUUCCUUCACAACUAGCAGAGUUGUAUUUCAUUGAAUCUUUCUCAGUGGCAUAUAACAACCUCUCUGGCCCAACACUUGGAAUGGUUGGACAAUUUAGCACAUUUGAUGAGAAAAGCUACGAGGGGAAUCCUUAUCUUUGUGGCCCUCCUUUGGUGAAGAGUUGCAAUAAUAUAUCAUCACCACAACAAAAUCAAGUUAAAGAUGAUCACAGAAAUGAAGAAACAAUGGAGCGCCUUAUAACUAUAGCAAUUUUUGCUUUGGGUUUCAUUAUGGGCUUCUGGGGAUGGGUGGCUCUACUACUUUUUAAGAGAAGUUGGCGGUAUUCUUUCUUUCUAACAGUGGAUGGGUACAUGGAGGAUAUCGUGGAUAUCGUUGAUAUGGUUAGAAAUCUUCUAGCAAAGAUCAAAUUGUGUCGGUAGGCAUUGUUUGUUAUAUAUUUUAGUACUUGGAUUGUGGUCUAUUGUGUUUUGUAUUGUGUUUUUGUUUUUGAUUUUCAUUUUCCUACCGGAACCCUUAAUCACUCAGGUGGUUUGGGAUGGUCUUUUUAUGUUGUUGUUUCCCUAUGUAUU